AAAAAAACCAAAGUUGUCUUUUGUCUGACUCCAUAAACACACCACUACCAACAAGAUCUAAAGGUCUGCAUCUCUCUCUCUCUCUCUCACAUCUCGUCCUUCUCCAUAUGGAACGAGCACGCACCGAAAGCCCCAGCUACUUCCGUCAAUGGAACGGCGACUCCGCCACCCCCAAUGCCGCCGCCGUCGCUCCUUCUUCUCCGGCGCGUCAUCACCACGCUCGAUCGUCUUCCGUCACAGGCAUGUCGAACGUCAAGCGAGCUCAGAACGUCGCAGCCAAAGCCGCAGCUCAGAGACUCGCCAAAGUCAUGGCUUCACAGACCACCGACGAUGACGAUGACGGUGACGGUGGAGAUGACCUAGAUUUCCGUUACGGCGCUCCUCCUCUCUCUUUCACGAGAAACAAUGCUACUAAACCGAGACCUGCUGCUGCUAAUGCUAAUGCUAAUGUUCUUCUUCCUCCUCCCAAGAUCGGUAGAUCUUCAUCCCCUGCGUUUAAUCGGAACUCACCAGCAGUGUCUGUUAGAGCAGCAUCACAACAACAACCACCUGUGCCGCCUAGCAAACUGUCUCAAAGGAACCAAGUUACCAUUCCAUCACCAGUAGUUACUCCUAAGAAUCAACAGACUGAAAAGCGGGUUUUACCUGAUUUUAAUGCAAAAGAUACGAAAGAUCAGCAUGAAGCAUCCGCACUUCAAGAUGAAGUUGAUAUGCUGCAAGAGGAGAAUGAGAGUAUUCUUGAAAAGCUUAGGCUUGAGGAUGAGAAAUGCAAGGAAGCAGAAGCCAGGGUGAGAGAGCUUGAGAAACAGGUGACUUCUUUGGGGGAAGGUGUAUCUUUGGAAGCUAAACUUCUGAGCCGAAAAGAAGCUGCUUUGCGUCAAAGAGAGAUGGCCCUUAAAAAUGCAAAGCAGAAUAGAGAAGGGGCUAAUAAGGAGACUACUGCUCUCCGGGCUCAAGUAGAGAAUGCAAAACAAGAGGCUGCUGCUGUAGUAGCACAGGCUCAAGUAGCAGAAUCUGAAGUUAACGCUCUACGAACAAUGACACACAGAAUGAUAUUGACCCCAAAAGAGAUGGAGGAAGUUGUUCUUAAGCGGUGCUGGCUAGCUCGGUAUUGGGGCUUAGCUGCCAGAUAUGGCAUAUGUUCGGACAUCGCUACAUCCAAGUACGAAUACUGGUCAUCACUGGCACCUCUUCCUUUUGAAAUUGUGCUAUCAGCUGGGCAGAAGGCUAAGGAAGGAAGUUGGGAAAAAGAUUCUGAAGAUAAUGAGAAGAGGAGCCAGCUCGUUCAAGAUAUAAAUGAUCUAACAGGAGAGGGAAAUAUUGAAAGUAUGCUCUCUGUGGAAAUGGGUCUGAAGGAGCUAGCUUCUUUAAAGGUUGAAGUUUCCAUAACUCUUACACUAGCCCAGCUAAGGUUGGCGAAUACUUUUCGACUAUCUGAUCCCGCAGAGUUAAAAUCACCAGGUGGUCCUAAGCUAGCGGAGGCACUUGAACUGAGUCCAGAAGAGUCUGAAGAUGUUCUCUUCAAGGAGGCUUGGCUCACGUACUUUUGGAGAAGAGCCCUGUCACUUGGCAUAGAUGUGGACAUUGCAAGAGAACGUCUUCAAUUCUGGAUUAGUAGAAGUGCACACUCUCCAUCUUCACAUGACGCCAUGGAAGUUGAGCAAGGGCUAACAGAGUUAAGAAAGCGGCGUAUAGAACGUCGAUUGUGGGAAGCCUCCAGGUCCAACCAGUAGAGUCAUGACCUUCGACCCCAGGGUUCCAGAACAGUCAUGUUACCACAGUUUUAACAGUAUUGUAUAUCUUUCUUCUUGUGUGGUUGAGUACUUUUGCAGUCAAGAAAAUGUUAAUCCAGUUUUGUAAACUUAAGAAUUGCAUUUGCACUACUUUUAACAUAUAAUUCAUGUUUGCACGCUCUUACUUUUAAUUUGCAGACUCACUCGUUUUUGUCGGAUUAGUACCCAACUGAAAGUAUCUACAGAUACUAAUACAGACACUAAAGAUCACCAGUCACCAGUAAUCGUUGCAAGAGCACUUCCCCUCCUUGAAAUGGUGAAACCUUCUAGAAUCUCGGAUGAUGAUUUCAUGUCCUGUAACCAAAGACACAUGCUUUGCAAACUCAUGGCAAUCUGGACAUGCUCUGAGAUUCUUGAAUACCUUGAUAGGUGCACGGGCAUUGCCAUUCACCGAUAUCAACCCAUAUGCAAUAGCAAGUCUCUCGCUGUGAUCAAGAAGCUGUUCUCUUCUCUCUGUCAUACUACACUGAAACACAUCACCUUCCAUAAAAUCAUCAAACUCCUUGAGCUUCUCAUAGAUCUCCUGAGUUUGUGGAUGGUGUUUAUCACCCACUAUAAACCGAUGAAUCUUACCCUUUUCUCUGAUCCAGCUGCAGCUCAGUUCCUUCUUUAGCAUCUUGUUAUUCAUUAGUUUCAUCAUUUCAGCAGCUUCUUCCCAUCUUCCAGCCUGCGUAUACAGAUUAAACGGUAGAACAUAUCCAGCUGUAUCUUCUGGAUCGAGUUGGCGAAGCUCCUCACCAGCUAUCUCCCCUAGUUCGAGAUUCUUGUGAGUCCAACACCCACUUAGAAAGCAUUUCCAACUCAUUGCAUCAGGCUCAAAAGGCAUGCUCUUCAUAAAGUUGAGAGCUUCCUCUAAUAGUCCCGCACGGGAAUAAAUGUCGAUCAUACAAUCAUAAUGGUCAAUAGUUGGAGCCACGUUGUACUUUGGAAGCAUUGUGUCCAAAUAACGCUUGCCCUGUUCAAUCAUACCAGCGUGGCUGCAUGCGGUUAAAACCGCAAUAAAAGUCACAGAGUUUGGCUUCAUGCCACAACUAACCAUUUCCUCAAACAAUCUCAGAGCUUCAGAGGCGUUUCCAUAGUAGGCAUGACCUGAUAUAAAAGCUGUCCAAGCAACAAUGUCCGGGUUCUCCAUCGACUCGAAGACUGCACGGGCGUCAUCUAGGCAUCCACAUUUUGAAUACAUUGUAAUGAGAGCACUUUCUCCAUACUGAGAACCAACCAGGCUUCUUUUUAUAGCAUCUCCAUGGACUUGGCCACCAAUGUUGCAAUCUGCAAGUACAGAACAAGCUUGAAAUAUGCUAGUAUAUGUGAAUGAAUUUAGAAUCGCCGCAUUUUUGCUUCUCAAAGACUUGAAAGUUUUAAUAGCCUCUUCAAACUGACUCAUCUGGCAGUAUCCAGAGAUGAUUGCGCUCCAGGAAACAUCGUUUGGUUCACUGAUUUUUUCAAAUGCAAGAAGAGCAGACUCAAAGCUGAAACAUUUGAUGUAACAAUCAACAAGAGGAGUACCAACCGAGACAUCAGAGUCCAGACCAAGCUUAGCUACACAUGCAUGAAUCUGCUUGCCAAGAUUAACCUCUUCAAGAGAAGCACAUGCUUUAAGAACAACUGAAAACACAAAACUAUCCCAUUCAACACCUUCCGUCACCAAAUCCACAAACAGUCUCAAAGCAUCUCUUGCUCUCCCAGCUUUAGUAUAACCAAUCAUCAACCCCGUCCAAGCCACCGGUUUCUUCACUACCAUCUGAUCAAACACUAGCUUAGCACCUAAUAACCAACCACAUUUCACAUACAUGUUCAAGAUCCCAGCCUCUAUAGAUGCAUUCCCCCAUAAACCAGAACGUAUAACAUGACUAUGAAUCUGUCUACCAAUCCCUAAACCACUUGGAUUCACCAAAGACUUCAACAGUGUAGUAUACACGGAAGAAGUCGGCUUCUCUCCUGACUCCAACAUCCCCGAGAACAAACCAACAGCUUUAUCCAAAAGACCUUUUCCUGCAUAAGCAUUCAUCAUCGUCACUCUAGUAACUAUGUUUAACUCAGGCAUUUCAUCGAACACCUUAUCCGCAUCCUCAAAACUCCCGCACUCACAGUACAUUUGCAACACACAGUUCUGAAGAG